AUGGCCUCUCCUAAGGUCGCGCUCGCCGCCAUGGCCGUCGUCGUCGCCGUGGCCGCCUUGCUCCCGGCGACGGCUUCGGCGGCGUCGUACACAGUCGGCGACGACUCCGGGUGGGACAUCGGGAUCGACUACCGCGCCUGGGCCAGCGGCAAGAAGUUCAGAGUCGGCGACACCCUCGAGUUUCUCUACUCGUUGGGUGAGGCCGAGCACAACGUGGUGUUGGUGGACGCGCAGAGCUUCGCGGCGUGCACCGUGCCGAGCAACGCGCCGACGCGGACCACCGGCGACGACACGGUGUCGCUGACGCAGGCCGGGCAGUGGUUCUUCAUCUGCGGCAUUGAGGGCCACUGCCAGGACGGCAUGAAGCUCGCCGUCAACGUCCACUGA